GAUACUUAGUUUCGAUAGCGAAUGUGCGCCCUACGUUUUGCUUCGCUGUUACGAUCGAGUUAUGACUUUUUACGUGUUUCGCUUUUACGAACCACCACUGUAUGAUUAUGAAAUUUAGUGAAUAAACUUGUGUGCAUACGAGCGUGUCGACAUUAUCAACACAAAUAUCAAAGUUCUUUAAAAUAGAGAAAAAUGGAAACUUUGCCAAAAAGUCCAGUUUUGAAAUUUCCACCAGACACCCUGAAAGUUAUUCGCAAGUCAUGGGACUUAGACGGACCAGGAAGGAUGAAGGAAGCAAUCGAUAUUCUGGAGGAAUGGAUUAAGAAACAGCAACAUUUCGUCAAGAAGGACUUUCCUCGAGAUUAUUUGGAAAUAACACUAAUCUGUAGCAAAGGCUCUGUAGAAAGAGCUAAGAAGCGGUUAGACAAAGUGUGCACCUUGCGAACUUUUGUAAAAAGUUUGUUUGGAAAUUAUGACUUGAAGAAUGAUUUUAACCAUUUAUUCGGUGAAAAACUGACACUGGCCCCUCUACCUACUUUAACGAAGGACUAUUGCAGAAUAAUUGUUUUAAGAUUCAACAAGUUAUUUGACGCAAAAGAUUUCACUGACAUGUACAGGGCUUUAAUUAUAUAUUUUGACUACCUCCGAGUACACGACUACGUGAACGGCUAUAUCAUAUUUAAUGAUUAUAAAGAUGUAAACAUUUUGGAGUUUGCCAGUAAGAUAAAUAUCUUAGAACUGGGUCAUAUAGCGACAACAAUUAUAGAAGGCUUUGGAGUAAGAAUAAAAGGAAUCUACCUAUUAUCCACAUCGAAGCUCAUAGACGCAAUAAUCGCUAUUUUCAAACAAGUCCUCAGUGCCAAAUUAGGCAAUCGAAUAUACGUCACAAAGACAGUAGAAGAAUUCCACGAACGUGUUCCUAAGGAAAUUUUGCCCAAAGAUUAUGGCGGUAAUGAAAAGAAUCUGGCUGAGCUACAUGAUGAUUGGAUAGAAGAAUUAAGUUCAGAAGAGUUUACGAAACACAGAAACGAAAUGAAUGAAGCCUGCACUAAUGAAAAUCUUCGACCAGUGGAUACUUUCAACGAUCAGCACUUGGGCAUGCCUGGUACAUUCCGAACUUUGAGUUUAGAUUAAUAUUUCAAUCCUUACAUAGGGACUGUAAAUAUGAAACAGAACUUUGUUUAAUCAAAACGGUUGUCGAUGAAAUGUAAAAAAGAACAAACGUGUACACUUUUUUUAUUAAUUUUAAUGUAGAAUGCUAACCCGUACAAGAUUGAACUAAAAAGUACCUUCAAUUUGUUUGUAUACGAGGUCGAUAUGGUUUUUUUCGUCAUCACACCAGACUAUUUUUAAAAUGAUGACAUGACGGUUCUAAUGAUUACUGAAUUAUAACAAAUAAUUAUGUCGUGUAAUGUUACUAGUAUGACCUAUUUGAGAAAUGUAUAAUUUCGACUAUAAAUUAUUUAUAUGUCAUAAUUUAUGAAAAAUUUUGAUGUUAUGUAUCCUGCUCUGACAUCAGUUUUGUAUACUGAUAUAUUAGCACUGAUUAAUUGUUAUUUAGUUCAUUUGUUACCAGAAGACGAAAGUAACUUUUUCAUAAAGAACACUAUAUUUUAUACUAUAAUAUGUUAUACUGCCUCUGUGG